AUGUCGGACACCGGAGCGACCUACUCCCAGCUCACGACGACCUCGAAUGCAACCGCCGCCGCCGAGAUCGCCAACGCCCUCCAGUUUGCCGCCUCGAAAUCCGUGCGGACGUCGACCGUCAUCUUGGCUUCUUUCAAUGCGCUGGCUGCGUUUGCUACGGCGAUGGGCAUAAUAAUUGGAUGCCGGGCUUACAAGAAGAGGAUGCAGAGGAGGAUGUCUGGACCACCCUCUGGGCUCUUCUAUAUCCACACUGUUGAGGUCUUUCCGCUCGUCCUAUCGCUGGGCAUUACAAUCCAAAGUACUAUUUUUGCCGCCGCACAGUCGGUUGGCUUACAGGCCCUGCUGAGCAGAGGUUGCACUAUUACGGCAAUUUUCGUGUUGCCCGCUCUUUUCCUUGUUCCAUUUACACAUUUAGUCUUCGGGGUUGAGACGGCUGUUCGAGGCGUCCGCUCGCAGUUCGCUCCGCGCGGGAGAUGGAACGUGGCCAAGUGCCUUGCUACCGUGGGCAUCUUGUUCCUGGCGGCACUCAUCGUGGCCGCUGUUGACCGGACCGAGGACUUCUGCUUCGCAUCGCUCUUCUGGUUCGUCCGCAAGUAUGCUGUUGGGUGCUUUGGGGUGUUCCUUGGUAUCACGGUGCUCCAGUUGAUCGUCAUCGUGACCAUCUUCCUGCAGCUGCACAGGGGCCACAUGGUCGAUCCUCUGGAGAGGGUGUCUGCGUCAAGGAUGAUUUACUAUCUGUGUCUUGGUUUCCUUUCCAAUGCUUUCAUCAUUCCGUUCUUCUUCAGUCUCACCUUUUUGAACCAAAAGAAGGUCAUUCUCGAUACUCUCAACCUAUCCAUGGCUGCAUCUGUUGUCGCCAACGUCAAUGGCAUAAUGGUUACGGGUCUGCACCUGUUCCUCCGGUCACAAAACAAGUCCACGACCGGUCAGAAGUGGGGCGAGUACGACCAGAAGUCUGUGUACGACCGACAAGACCCGCGUGACAGCCACCGCGGCUCGGACCACUCGCUGCAGCCUGUCAACGGGCGUAACGAGACCCGAGGGAGAGCCGACAGUGCCACAACACUGCUUCACGGCGCUGGCCUCGAGGAUGGAAGAAGCCUGGCUUCUCCUCAGGGCUACGGUUCCGCUGCACGCAAUUCCAUGUCGCCAGGGCUUUCCAUCUCAGCAGGCCCCCAGUACCCCGAGCCAACCAAAGCACCUUCUGAGGUGUCCCCUUCACAGAUUCGAAAGCAGUCAUACUCUGUCUUCCCUCAAGGGCCGUCGUCCUCGUCGUCCACAGCAGCUGCAGUACUGCCCGCGACCACAUACUCGCCCGUGACAUCGAAACCGGUUAGGGACACGUGGAAGCCACCACCAAUUGUCAAGCCUUGGAUGGGCAGAAGCCACAAGAGAGACUCAUCCAUCGUCUCGACCGCCACUGUCCAGAUUGGCAUCCGCCUCUCCAAUAUGGACGACUACGUACCCCGCAAGAGCACCGACACCGAGGUGGCUGUCGUGACUGACGUCCCGCCGGUGCCUGACGUGCCACCUCUGCACAUUGCCAAAUCCUCCCCACUGACCGAGGCGGAGACGCAGUCUCCGUCGGCCUCGGGCUCUGGCAGUGCGGGCAUCGUCCUCGAGAACCCACCAAAGAGACGAUCCAUCUGGGAGGCGAGGAUGAAGACCCUACCGCCCACACCCGACUUUUCUCAGGGGAGUAACGCCAAGCCGACAGAAGCCGGGGUGGCCGGCGGCAAGAAGAAUGAGCAGGAUCUGGCAACUCUCAGCCCUGCAGUCUACAGACCCCAGGAGGAUUUCCCACAGAGGAGCCCAUCUGGGAGGUCUCUCAAGAAGCUACCCAGCCCGAAGGGCGUGGGCUUCAACACGCCGACUGGGCGUAGUGCCGGAAGCGAAAACACUCCCGUCUACGCACCCCCACGACCAAGCGGCAGCACAGCACCAACGACCUUGUCCAACCAGGAGGUCAACUGGAUCUAAGUCUAUCCUAAUACUUUUUAUGAACAGGACAGACAGGCUCUUGUCUUAUGUCAAAACACACAUCCUAAAAGAACUUCAUGAAUAAGGCAG